AAAAAGUCAGCGAUAGUGAAUCUUUUCAAUUAUGAAAAUGGAGCGUUACACACUAAAGAAGAUGAUGCAGAUAUACCAUCAUCCUACCUUUAUUCCGGGGGAAGAUUCUGAAUUUAAACGAAAUUUAAAAUACUUCACACUGUCCUUAAGAAGAUGAUGCCGCAAUAAUAAUUAAAACCCACAACCAUAGAAGACCAAAGAGAAACAUUUUAAAAUUAAUUAGACCAUGUUUCUACUGAGCUUAUAAAUCACAGAAUAGCUUUCAACUUGAAUGCAUAAUUGUUGAAGAAAUCUCAGAUUUGGUCACUAAGUGGCUAUUGCUGUUGUUGGGUUCUCAAACUUGUAAAGAUAUCACAACUGUUUUAUUUUUGUUCCUUUUAUUAUGGUGAGGUUCCAUGGAUUUAUUCUGUUGUUACUUCUGAGCUUUAUAAGCUUUGGAGGAGCUGAGAGAAAACUUGGCGAUCAGCCUCUUGCUAACGUUGCUAUUCAUAAGGCAGUGGUUGCACUCCACGAGUCGGCUUACGUCAAAGCUUCUCCAUCGAUUCUUGGAUCUAGGGGGGAAAAUACUGAAUGGGUUACUGUUAAAUUUAGCUCACCAAACCCUUCAGAUGAUGAUUGGAUUGGAGUCUUUUCUCCGGCUAAUUUUAGUGGAGCCACUUGUUCGCCUGAAAAUAAAAUGGUCAAUCCUCCCUUACUAUGCACCGCACCUAUUAAGUACCAAUUUGCGAACUACUCCAGCCCAGACUACAAGAAAAAUGGGUCUGGAAAAUUGAAACUACGGUUGAUCAAUCAGAGGGGAGACUUUUCUUUUGCAUUAUUUUCAGGUGGCGUCGCAAAUCCAAAGCUAAUAGCAGUGUCGAAUACAGUACAGUUUCAGAAUCCAAAUGCACCUGUUUACCCUCGGUUGGCCCAAGGAAAAGCAUGGAAUGAAAUGACCGUAACUUGGACUAGUGGAUAUGGAAUUGACGAAGCAGAACCCUUUGUUGAAUGGGGUCGACCGGGAGGAGAGAAGAUGCAUGCUCCAGCUGGCACAUUGACAUUCAGCCGUAAAAUGAUGUGCGGUGCACCAGCAAGAACUGUCGGGUGGCGUGAUCCUGGAUUCAUACACACAAGUUUUCUGAAGGAAUUGUGGCCCAACUCAGUAUAUUCGUACAAACUGGGACAUAGAUUGUUCAACGGUACUUUCAUUUGGAGUCAGGAAUACCAAUUCAGAGCAUCUCCUUAUCCUGGUCAAGAAUCCGUACAACGUGUUGUUAUUCUUGGCGAUAUGGGAAAGGCUGAAGCUGAUGGAUCAAAUGAAUAUAACAACUACCAGCCUGGUUCACUUAACACCACCAGGGAGAUUGUUCGGGACCUGAAGAAUACUGAUAUAGUGUUUCAUAUAGGAGAUAUAUGCUAUGCAACUGGUUACCUCUCACAGUGGGAUCAGUUUACUUCACAAGUUCAGUCUAUUACCUCGGCUGUCCCGUACAUGAUCGCAAGUGGAAACCACGAAAGAGAUUGGCCUGGAACAGGAUCCUUCUAUGGGACUAUGGAUUCAGGUGGUGAAUGUGGUGUGCCAGCUGAAACCAUGUUCUAUGUUCCUGCUAAGAACAGGGCUAAGUUCUGGUAUUCAACCGAUUAUGGGAUGUUUAAGUUCUGUGUAGCUGAUACAGAACAUGAUUGGAGAGAGGGUACAGAGCAAUAUAAGUUCAUCGAAGAAUGUUUCGCGUCUGCUGAUAGACAAAAACAACCAUGGUUGAUCUUCCUCGCGCAUAGAGUCCUUGGAUAUUCUUCUGCUACCUGGUAUGCUGAGCAAGGAUCUUUUGAAGAGCCGAUGGGAAGAGAGAAUCUCCAAAAACUUUGGCAGAAGUACAAAGUCGACGUAGCCGUGUAUGGCCAUGUACACAACUACGAAAGAACAUGUCCAAUCUAUGAGAAUAUUUGCACCACUGAUGAGAAAUCGCACUAUCAAGGUCCUUUAAAUGGAACCAUUCAUGUUGUUGCUGGUGGUGGAGGUGCUGGACUUGCGAAAUUCACCACCUUAAAUACAAAGUGGAGUGUGUUCAAAGACAAUGAUUAUGGCUUCAUUAAACUAACCGCAUUCGACCAUUCAAACCUUCUUUUAGAGUACAAAAGGAGCAGCGAUGGGAAUGUUUAUGAUUCUUUCACUAUAUCUAGAGAUUAUCGAGACAUUCUGGCUUGCACAUUUGACAGUUGCCCAGCCACUACCAUGGCUGCUUGAUAUAUGUAAUUUUGAUGAAAGUGAUUUUGGACAGUUAUGGAUCACCCGGUGUCCAAAUAAUAAAGAACGGUUUUUUGGGACCA